UUUUCGUCGGCCCCGGAUUUGGUGAUUAUUGUCGUAAUUAUUUAAAUUAUGGAAAAUUCAGUUUUAUUAAAUAACAAUCUCUUUCAUAUUUUCGAAAAAGCUUUAUGCGAGCAGUGAAAUAAAAUAUGAUUUAAAAUGUCGUCACCGUCAGCUAUAGUGUGUCGUGAAAUAUUCGAUGAAAGUAGUCAACCGUCGGCCGAUGAAAUAUCAGAAUAUGCCCAACAAUUGGGUAUUGAUCCAGAAAGUGAGAGCCAUCUCCUGCCUUUGGCGCGGGAAGGUCUUAUGCAAGCUCUGCCACCUCCCUGGAAGGCAUAUUUUGAUGAAAAGCUCCAAACUCAUUACUAUUAUAAUGAAGACACAAAAAAUACACAAUGGGAACAUCCUUUAGAUACAGUCUAUAGGGAGCUGGUGAAGAAGGCAAGAGAUGCCUCAAUGCAUGAUGAUACUUGUGCUUCUGUGCAGGAACUACCUACUUCUGAGGACAAUACGAAAAAUCUCGAACGUGUUGAAACAAAAGUUGAAAGUGAUGAUGACGAUCUAUCAACGGACAGCGAAAAUCAUCCGUCCGAUGUUAAAGAUGCUGUGAACGCCGCCCAACGUCGCUUAACCCCUCUCGGACGACCUCCACUCGCCCCUCUAUCUAGGCUAGACAAAAAACUGAGUGAUUUAAGAAUAUCGCCUUUAAGACGUAGCGUUGAAGGUCCAAUUUCUCCUAAACCAGCUUUAGUUAGGAAUACAUCAGAUAGAGAUUUGUUUAGUCGACCGACUUUUGAAAGGCCAAAAAUGCUGUUUAAACAACAAUCAGAGAUUAUAGACCUUAAGAUGCAUGUACUUAGUAGUCCGGAAGAGGAAAACUUCAGCCCACUCUUAUCAACUGCCAAGAUAGACAAGGGGUUGCCAUUUUCAGGUAAAGGAAACAUGUUUAUGAGGCUUUGUAAAUCAGAUUUGCCAAGUCCAGAUACAGAGAAGUCGCUACCAGGUGAUUCUGUAACUAAAAGCGAUCCACCGAAAGGUAUACUAAGAGAAAAAUCAGAUUCCUUCCAAAGAAAACAUGAGAGUGCGAUUUUGGGAAGACCAAAGCAAACUUACAGUUUUGAUGAAGAUAAAAAAAGUGUCAGAUUUAAAUUAGAAAAUGUUCCGGAACCUACUGUUAGUCCAGGAUCUAACAGUUCAUCAGAUCAAAAUGAAGGCCAGAGUUCUAUUAUAAGUGCUCCUCCUGUGUCCAUACCAUCAACUCUUGUUUCUUCACCUAUUAUCCCAUCAUCACCUGUUGUCCCUUCACCAGUACCCUUAUCACCAAGUCCAUCCCCUGUGCCGACAAUGUUAAAUAAUGUUCAUCUCUCGCCUUUAGUAGCUAGACCUCCUUUACCACCUCGGCCACAUAUAGCCGAAAGUCCUAGAGAACCCAAGAGUAGCUCCGAGAAAGAUUCAUUUGAUGGGGAUAGUCGUGACAAAUCACCGAGAAGACGUCUUUUAAAACCCUCCCCUUCUGACUAUAUAAAACCUGAUUUAUUCCAAAAGAACUUCCAGAAGAUAUCCGAUCUAGUACGUCGGGGAGACGGAGACUCAGCUCCAGUGAACAUUGAAGAACCUGGCUCUGAUAAGGAAGGUAGACCUAGAUCACCUAUGAUACCACAGAAGAAUAAAAUAUCUAUAAAUCUAAUGGAAAGUAUAGAUUCGGAAACGUCAAUCGAUUCUCCUGAUAGAGAAUUCGCUAACAUCGAUCUUAAUGAUCUUGAUGAAUCGAAUGAAAGCCACGAAAGUCAAAAGAAAGAUAAAUCCGAUAAAAGCAUAGACAAUGAGAAAAGUCCCAAAGAAAGUGAGGAUUCAUUGCACAAUCAUUCCAAGACGUCAGAGCCAAGUCCGAUUAGACCUCAGAGAAUUUCAGACAUGCCUAUUCCACAGAUAAAAGUCCCGAAAUUAGAUUUCCUGUCUAAACAAUCUAAAUUCACACAUUCCGAUUCUGAGGAUUCGAGAAAAUCUAACAGAGAAGACGAAGUUAAAACAACACCUAGAUCUAAUAGCAUUGAUAUACCAAAAGAUAUAAAAACUCAAAUCAAAUUAUCUCCCACACCUAGUUUGGGUUCUGAUAGAUCGUCAAGGUUGGACUUUGGCAAAAACUUUUCACCACUAUCCACAUUUAAACCGUUAAAAUUGACAACACAGAAUAAAUCAUCGGAUUCAAUGAGUCUAGGUAAAACGAGUCCUAGAUUAGACGGAGUUAUUAUAUCACAAGGCAAAAGUAGUUCAGAUAAUGUAGUCGUAGUGUACCAAUUUGAAACCCAGGAAGAAAGUUGUUCAAAACCAAUUAAAUCUCCCUUAAUACCCGAUAUGGGUACCAGAGAUUUUAUAGAAAGAAAUAGAAACGAUGAAAAAAGACGAUUGGAAUUAUCGUUGCAAAAAGAGUUGGAGUUAAUAAGAAUGGAGUGGUCCGCUAAAGAGAAGAAAAUGAGAGCGGAGUUACAGGAGGAGAUAAAAGAAGCGGAACAAAAGUUUUUGACUGAAAAGAGAAUAAGACUUAAUGAACAGGCAGACCGACAUAAAAGAGACAUGGAAGAGGAGUUAUCUACAGCGGAACAUAAUCACAAACAAAUGUUGCAAGAUGCACUCAACAAGCUGGAGAAACGUCAUCAGGAGCAAGUGGAGGCUACGGAGACACAACAUGCAGAGAACAUGGCGCGGCUCCGGGAAGAUUAUAAGAUUAAAUUGGCGGAUGAAACUGAAAGUUUGGAAAUUGAUAAUGAACGAGCUCUUUGUGAAUUGAGAGAACAAUUACAAAUGAGUUUGAAUAGAGAGAGAACGCGAAUGAUAGAAGAGAACAGAGCUACUAUAGAGACUUUGAGAGAAGAGCACACUACAAGGAUUACUGAACUAAGACACGACUAUAGAGCUGAGGUGGAGAGACUGCGCGGUCAGCACGCGUGCCACGUGGAGGAGGUGCGCGCGCGUCUGGCGGGCGAGCGCGCGGCCGCAGCACGCAGCGCGCGCACCUCCCCGCACGAGCGUGACCGCGCGCUCGCAGACAAGUACCGCUGUCUCAAGGAGAAGUAUGCACGACUCAAGCACGACGUUAAGAUGUCGAUAGAACGUCGCAACAAACGCCGUGAGAUGAGCAUGACCACCGGCUCCGAAACUGAGAAAUCAAACUCACAUAAAGCUACGCAAUCUAUUGAGAAAUGUAAAGAGGCGAAUGAGAAGAGUAUAAGCGUGGUGAUCGAGACAGAGCCAAGAGUUAUACGCAAUAAUAACACUGUCAGAUGCAAUGACAAUGAAACAUCCGCGUCAGAGAGCAACGCACAUAAAUCUGAUAAUAACAAUGAAUGGAAACUAAAGACUAACAUUUUACAAUCAGCGGAGUCGUCACUAACAUCGGGGGCGAAGGCACCGCGCAGACGCACCGCAGUCGCAUUCCGCGAGCCGCCGCGCUCUGACCGCGACCGCGACCGCGACCGCGAUAGAGAUGCGGGAGCUACAACCGACUACCAAGACUCAUCAGACGCGACAACAGCAGACGAAAAGCCCAAAGAAACUAUUAAUGGUCACGGUCGUCGGCGAUGUUUCACAAGAUUAAAAUCUGCCUCCACAUCUAGACUUAAUUAUUCACCCAAACGCGGCGAAGGCUGGUCCAGCCCGUUGGAAUCUCUUCGUCAGCAGCUCCGCAAGCUGGACGACUUAGAAGAUCAGUUUCCAGACCUAGCCUGCCAGCCUGCGUACAGCCUGCGAUAUCCCUUCUCCGAAUUAGGUGCGGUGAAUACAGCGAAUACCCCCGAGCUGGAGUUUGUACGUCACCGCGCACUUGUGGAGCGCGAAGGUAUGCGACGUGCGCGCGCAGUGCUCAAGCGACGUCGUGCAGCGCUGCGUGACUCGCGUGCCAACCUCUCCCCGCAUCGCGCCACAUCGGAGGACCGCGAGAGCACGGAGCUGGAGGUGGCGCUGCACCGCGCGCGCGCCUUGCUCGGGGAGAAGGAGAUCCGGCUGCGGCACAUCGAGCGCGCGCUGCGUCGUCUCGCUGAGGACCUCCCCUACCCCACCCCACACACGCACCCCCCUCUCAUACAGGAGACGACGACAAGUGAAGCAUCUUCAGGCAGCGAGGGCGGGGAUGUUGUGGAGGGUGUCGCGGGGCUGGAGACGAGCGGCGCGGUGCUGCGCUCGCUGCGCGCGCUGCACGCCGACGUGCGCGACAUCUGGCGAGCACUGGACGCCCGGAGACCAAACACAGCUUCACCAGAAACCAGUUCCUACAAUGUAGCAACUACAUCGCAGACUAGGAUGACUCUAUCCGCACCUGAUCCAAUGAUAAAUGAGACAUCCGAUGGAGUGACUGAAAGGGCUAAAGGUCUGCGCGCUUGGCUUCAAACGGCCCCAUGAAACUUUCCCGACUGAUUCUUGUCUUAUAAUCUAGUCUAUAAAUUCCAAAUGUAUAUUUAGAAGUCAUAUUCCAUAGAUGUAUAUUUACUUGUGUUACAAUGUUUAUUUAUGCCGAGAAGUUAUGCCAAAUAUAACCGAAUUACACUCUAACAAUAGAAAAUUAUCAAUUAAUUUUUAUAGGACAUUUGUUGACAGUUUAAAAACAU